GAGUGCCGUGGCGGCUGCUCUGCGCCACUGGUGAUUUUGAUGGUUCGAUCGAUCUUUUGAUGGAUUCUGAAGAGUGAGACUGUUAAAGAAGACUAUAAGCUGGAUAUGAUACUUCAAACAGUAGCUUAAGAGAUAUUGCGGUUAUGUCAGAGUCUCGUCAAAGGCCUCCUUUUAAGGGCCCGAGAUGGAUUAUCACUUUGGUUGUUCUGGUUACGGUCGUUGUCAUCACCGCAUUCAUAUAUCCUCCGCGGAAUUCUGUGGCAUGCUAUAUGUUUUCUGGUCCUGGGUGUCCUUUAUACCAACAGUUUUUGUUUGUACCUUCAAGGGAAUUGACUGACUCUGAAGCUGCAGCUCAAGUUGUCAUGAAUGAAAUCAUGAACCUACCUCAAUCUAAGACAGUAAAUCCCAAGAUAGCCUUCAUGUUCUUAACACCAGGGACGCUGCCUUUUGAGCCUCUGUGGGAAAUGUUCUUCCGUGGUCAUGAGAACAAAUUUUCAGUAUAUGUGCACGCUUCAAAGAAAAGUCCUGUACAUACAAGCAGCUAUUUUGUUGGUCGAGAUAUUCACAGUCACAAGGUUGCUUGGGGUCAGAUAUCCAUGGUUGAUGCAGAAAGAAGGCUAUUAGCUCAUGCUCUUGUUGAUCCUGAUAAUCAACACUUUGUGUUGCUUUCAGAUAGUUGUGUACCGCUAUUCGACUUUAACUAUAUCUAUAAUCAUUUGAUCUUCGCGAAUCUCAGCUUCAUUGAUUGUUUUGAGGAUCCUGGACCACAUGGAUCUGGUCGGUAUUCACAACAUAUGCUGCCUGAGGUUGAAAAGAAGGAUUUUCGGAAGGGGUCACAGUGGUUUUCAAUGAAGAGGAGACAUGCUAUAGUCGUCAUGGCGGACAGCCUUUACUACACCAAAUUCAAGCUUUACUGUAGGCCGAAUAUGGAAGGACGCAACUGCUAUGCGGACGAGCAUUAUUUCCCAACUCUUUUCAAUAUGAUUGAUCCAGAUGGAAUAGCAAACUGGUCAGUGACACAUGUUGAUUGGUCAGAAGGCAAAUGGCAUCCGAAACUGUACAAUGCAAGAGACAUCACUCCUUACCUCAUCAGGAAAAUCAAGUCUAUCCAACUUGCUUACCAUGUCACAAGCGAUUUAAAGAAAGUGACGACAGUAAAGCCGUGUCUAUGGAAAGGAGAGCAACGUCCAUGUUACCUAUUUGCUCGGAAGUUUAAUCCUGAAACUCUGGACCGAUUGAUGUAUCUCUUCCCUAACUACACCUCGCUGGUUUGAAAGGCUUAUCAGAUUCUGGAUUGUCCGGUUUGGUCUGUGUUAAGCUCUUACCAAAGCAUACACCUUGUGUGAUAAAUAUUAGGACCAUUCAUAUUGCUGUUAUUCAAAGUUGGGUUUGAGCCUGGCACUGACAAGAACAAGAACUGCUCUGGUGUUUUUUUUGGUUUAUGGUUAACAAACAUUAGCGUGCUAG